AUGGGAGGCCUGUUCUCGCAGCAGUUGGAACGUGUGCAUCAGGCACUGAUGCAUCAAGGUCAUUGGUCAAUCGUAAGGGUGUACGCCACGUCCUUGACAAUGCGAGACCGCAUGUGGCUCCAAAGGUCAGGGACACCAUCCAGCGACUGGACUGGGAGACAUUACCAUCACCAUAUCCCAUCCACCAUACUCCCCAAACCUCGCGCCAACAGAUUCAACAACCGGCCAGACCUCGAAAAGGCCCUCACGAACUUCUUUGCGUCCAAGGCUCUUGAGUUUUAUCGCGAUGGCAUCGCACAACUAGCGACUCGUUGGCAAAAGGCACAGGAUGCCGAUGGUAAUUACUUUGAGGAUUAG